AUGGCUGAGACUACCCGCGAUGCGCUCCAUUGGCCUCCUCUGGCCUUUGAUCCGUUGAACCCUGGCCCCGGGUUCAGUCUGGAGCCAGGAGUCGCCGGCGACGAAGAGCUGUGGUAUACUGGGUUCGACGAACCGCCCUCAUCCCCGAGACUGGGGCAAGUGUCAAGCAGGUAUGCAUUUCCCGGGAGGCACGGAGAAAGAAAAAAACCCCGACUUGAGGAUGAUGUGCAUUUCCACGCUACAUCGGCCACGGAUGGCGAUGAUGCCAGCGCUGCUCCGUAUACUCUCGGGAGCCUCCUUCGAUCGACCUCGCAGCUCGCCUCAGAACGAGCCCUAUACAUGAAUGUCCCCGCACACAGUUUCUCUGUGCAAGGCAGCAGCAGUCCCCAGCCAGUCGUAUACCAUUCCUCCUCCUCGCCCAUCACAGACUCCCCCCCAAGCGAGGCAGACUGGGAACGCGAUCCGGAUUUCUUCGAAUUCACCCAGGUGUACCAGUUACCCCCGGCGACGACGACGACGACGACCACAGCCGGAGACGCAAUCGAGACAGAGCACGAGAGCGAGCGCGAUUUCGCCCCGAUGCACACGCAAGCGGCGAUUGACCCUGUGGCGGCUGCUGUCCACAUCGCUCCCACUCCUACUCCUAUUCCCCACCACCACCACCACCACCAGAAGAAGAGGAAGCAGUACGAGACCAACGACCCCGAUGACGACGAGCAUCUCAUCCCGCUGGAAAUGCCCGACGGUACCACGCGCUUCACCUCGAAUUGGCUCCCCGUUGACCCGCAAGGCGGGUUCACCAUCCCCCCUCCACCACCACGGCGGGUUCACUUUCACCAUACAGCAGCAGCAGCAGCAGCAGUAGCAGCAGUAGAACACUCGUUCGAUCCCAGUCUGCCAGACUACCCGCCGUUUCCCCCGGAAUGCAAUUACCACGACGCCUUUAUCUCUCUUGACGCGGGGCUGUCGCACGCCGGGGGGGGUGGGGGGUGA